AUGGCACCCACGAUUCCUCUCGCUCCCCUAUCCGCCCCUUACACGCCCACGGGCGAUGUUAUGGCACGCCGCGAGUAUGGUGUUACCAAGAACCGGAAGGCGGCUUCCACCGGCGGCGGCAGGGCUUGGAGUGAGGAAGAGGAAUUGUACCUUCUCCAGACUCGUCUGCAAAAGAUGCCUUACAAGCACAUUGCGGCUCACUUGAAAAAGACGGAGCUCGCCUGUCGUCUUCACUAUCACCAACUCAGUCACGGUAGCAACCGAAGGAAGCGAACGACAUCGGUCUCGUCCGGCUCAUCGACUGGCCACUCCCCGAUUAUGCCCGCAACGACCCGGUCGCCCAUGGGAGACGGACCUACUUCUCGAUCGGCCUCACCCCCUGGCAGUGCAGGAAGCUAUGGUCCGGUGUCCCCAAAUGGAGCCGGCGGCCUCGGCAGCGGCGUGCAGCUCCCGAGCAUCAUGGGCAACCAUGUAUCACCUAGGCUCCCAUCGAUCCUGCCCAAGCCGGCUGCGAUGACACUCCCUCCGCUUAGCACCUCACCGACUCGAGGGUACCCGACUCCCCUCCCGGAGCCGCACAGCGCAGCGCUCCCCUCGGCGACAUUCCCGCCUCUUACCCAUCCUACGACCCCGCCUCUCCGUCUCGAGUGCUCGGUACUGCCCCCGCCGUCGGCUCGUCAUCCACAUGUCGACAUGGGCCGGUUACAAGCCAUCUACAACGCGCACCGCGCCACCUUUUGGGCAGCCGUGGCGGCAGACUAUGGCGUGGGCAUGAGCCCCAUAGCUCUCGAACACGCAUGGAAGACGGGUGUGUGCUGUAGCCAGCAUCAGGCAAUGACGCCUAUUUCCCCCGCGGCGAGCCCAGAUCAUUCUGAUCGGGAGAGCAACUCGAAGGGCCAAGAUAAGACGCGGAUUUCAGCCAUCCUCGGUAUCGAAACGCAGCCUCGAUCAACGCAGGAUCAACAUAUGGUCCGCAGGAUAGAGGAGGAGAGGACUGUUAGUGUUGUUACCGCCCAUGCCUGA